CAAAACGAAAUCUCAAUGUUUCGAAAAUUGCAAGGAGAUUACGUACCUGCGCGUUAAAUCCGAAUCAGGACCCUCCGGAUGCUUCCAAGUGGCGUUUUUAAUUUGUAACCACCAUGGAGCUCGAGCGACUGCAGCCGGUGAAUUCGUUUUUACUUCUUCUGUCAACAGACCUCCGAAUACGAACGAAUCGCCAAAUGAUUCGGCCUCGGUCAAGUAGCCGGUCGCAUCGACGAAUGCUGCGAACUCCGCGUUGCUUACUUCCAGCUCGUCUAUGUAAAAGGUAUCAAGAUGCACUUUUCGUUUCGGUGAUUCGCCAUCACCGACAAAGACCGGUUCGUUCGUUCCAAUCGCAAAAGUGGCUGCAUCUAUUUUGACCAUGUUUCUCAAACGAUCGGAACUUUCUCCGGAAUAGAAGUGUUUUAAAUCGUCCCCCACUGUGCAAUAAUCUUGCGUAUCUUUCGACUGUUUCGAUUCUCUGUUCGUCCCUUGACCGCAGUGUUGCUCGCCUGAACGAUCAUUUUCGAAGCAUCCCGCUAUUCGGUGCAAUGCAAAGAGCAUGCCUGCGCAAACCAGCAACCUUGUUGACGGCAUUUUCAAAGUUGACGGACUCUUCGUUCUAUAGUUAGAAAAUCUUCCCGCAGAUAAAUAGACGGUCGUCUACAAGUCGAUCUUCGAUGUCACAAACGGUCAACGAGUCUGAAUUCGAAAGUAAAUACAGUCAAAAGCCAACCGUCGCGUCACUCGUCAUCUUCAUGGUAGACGAUAACCGACGAUAACCAACCAAUCUUCCGUUAAAUGAAUGGAAACGAAUUGACAGAGACAGCAGCGCCAUCUGACAAUGCAGCAAUGCUUUAGCAUUGAAUUAAAGAUCAUAGAUGUCCGGUGUAAAGGAAUUUUUUGUAUACAAAAGAUUACGAAUUUGUGCUCGUCUCGUUAACAUAUUAAAUAUUUAUGAAACAAAUAUUGAAAUGUUCCUUAUUAGUUCAUAAGUAUUUACGAGUCUGGUUAUGUAAAAUGAAUGUGCCGGUUGGGAUAAUGUAAUAGCACGGGACUACAGACAGAGACAGAUUUGCGACCACUGUCACCAAUUGCCACAGUAUCCGUGGCACAGACCGAUUCUAAAUCUAACCCACUCUAAGACUAUGCUGUGACGUAGCAUACGAUGUGGGCGCAUGUGAUUCGCGUGGAGCCCAAACACAGAAAACCGCUGCUUGCCACGCAUCAUUCGCGUUUUCAUAUGUGCGAGAUACAGUAGCAACAAGAUUUGAACGCUGUUGUUUUGUUCGUGACACUCGACAAGUAGAAACCUGUUGCCAGUUCGAUACAGCGUCCGUGUACAUAGAAUUUACAAUGGUUUCCUCGAGACGUUCCAAACUGUUAUUCUGUGCGCUCGGCAUUUUUGUAUGUUUCUUUUACUUUGGCAUGGUACAAGAGAAAAUUACUCGUGGACAAUAUGGAGAUGAAAAGAAUCCUGAGAAGUUCACUUAUAUGUUUAGCUUAGUAUUCCAGCAAUGCUUUAUCAAUUACUUGUUCGCUAAGACUAGUUUACUGACCGUCUUGAAACAAGGGGACGAUACUACUCCAAGAACAUACUAUGCCGUAUCUGCUCUUACGUAUUUAUUAGCGAUGGUGUGCACCAAUAUGGCUCUAAGGUUUGUUAGUUAUCCUACACAAGUGAUUGCGAAAGCUGGUAAACCAAUUCCUGUGAUAAUACUUGGAGUACUGCUAGGGAACAAGGUUUAUCCAGUCAGGAAGUACAUAUUUGUCUUCUUAGUUGUUAUCGGUGUGGCUUCGUUUAUAUACAAAGAUGGAAACCCAAUGAAGAAACCGAUCGAAGGACAAUCAGGAUUUGGAGAACUAUUAUUAUUACUCGCUUUAACAAUGGAUGGUUUAACUAGCGCAGUGCAGGAACGUAUGAGAGGGGAGCACAAAACGAAAUCUGGACACAUGAUGCUGAACAUGAACAAAUGGGCUGCAGUAUUCAGUGGGAUCGUUAUAAUGAUCUCUGGAGAACUGUUCGAGUUCAUCCAGUUCUUGCAGAGAUUCCCAUACAUCAUCUGGCACAUAGCUACGUUUUCGAUAGCUGGGGCGUGCGGACAGUAUUUCAUAUUUAUUACCGUCGCGGAAUACGGUCCAUUGCCGUGUUCCAUCAUAACUACUACUAGGAAAUUUUUCACAGUUCUGGGCUCUAUAUUGAUUUUCGGCAACAGUUUGACCAAUAGACAAUGGUUAGGCACGUUCACGGUAUUUGCGGGACUAUUUUUAGAUGCCAUGUACGGCAAAGACAAAUCUUCCAAGAAGAAUACUGUGAAGUGAAGACCGUGACUGGAGUGUUAACGUGGGUUAACGUUGCUAUGUAACGAUUCACAAAUCGUUCCAAAUCACAUGGUGUACAUCAUAUUUACAACGUCUGUUUUCUACUUUUUCGCCGACUUGACGUUGCCCAGGAUGAUACAUAUUUACAAUGAACAGUACAAUAAAUGAAUUUAUUCAUAAUUAUGAAUUAUGAAUGAAUUUUAAAUUUAA